GUAACUAGCUAGUCGCUAAUCACUCCAGCGUUCAGUUCUGCUUCGCGAUCGGUCGCGUGUGGCUCGCACAGUCCGGCAGUGGUUUUGAUUGAUGAGUGAUAAACUUUCGGUGGUCGAUGGUCGAUCCGGAAUAUUCUAGUGGGAAAGCCGAAUUAACUGAAAGUGAUUGCCUACCAAACAAGUGGUAAUUUGUUCUUAUAGAGCACAAACAACGAUUUGAGAAAUCCUUCUGAGGAUACAGUUGUGUGCCUGAUGAGGAUACUAACUGCAUAGCUGAAGGAUUACAUCGAGAUACUCAGAUUCACAAACUCAACGGCCGGUUAGCAAAAAAAAAAGAAGCUGUGUAAAAUAACAAACGCAACUAUUUAAACAAGGAGUGACAGUCCGAAGCAGUCCGAACCAGCCGAUCAUGACGACCACCAGGGUAAUUCUAAGCUUACCGUGGAGUAGCGGCAACAGCGAAAAGCUGCGGGGCGACUACUUCCAGGAUACGGGCGUAACGGAUGCGGUAAUGAAAAUAGCUCGCAAAGAGCUACGCGAGGACAAACUGAUCCGUGAGCAAUCACUGGAGCAGAUGCGCGAAUGGCUCCGCCAAAACCAGGACGUGGAAAACGUCCGCACGGAUGAUCUGUUUUUGUUGCGAUUUUUGCGCACCAAGAAAUUCAGCGUCUUCAUGGCCCAACAGAUGCUGCUGAAGUACCUGAACUUGCGUAAAAUCCAGUGUCAUCUAAUGCACGAUCUGGACUAUUUGUCACCAAGGUUGAACAAGCUCAUCAAUGAUGGUUACAUUCUCGCAUCGCCAGUGCGAGACAAAUACGGCAGACGAGUCAUUAUCGGAUUUGCAAGGAACUUCAACCCAGCUGAACACGACAACACGGAUAUGGCUCGAGUGAACUCCAUUACGUACGAGACACUAAUGGAGGAUCCACAGACCCAGAUAACGGGUGUCAUUCACGUUGGCGACUUCAAGGGUAUGACAGCGGCGCAUGUCACUUGCUGGAAUCCAACCGAAUUCCUGCGCAUGUUGAAAUGGGGUGAACAAUCGCUUCCGAUGCGUCAUAAGGAAAUCCAUCUGGUAAAUGUCCCGUCUGCAGUGAAAUACGUGAUUGACGCAGGAAAAUCGAUCAUUACCAAAAAGAUGAAAGAAAGGCUACAGGUUCACGUUACUGUACAAGAUCUUUGCAAGAAGGUUGAUCCCGCCUGUCUGCCCAAGGAGAUGGGAGGCAGCAUCCCUCUGGUGGAUAUGAUUGAGAGCUGGAAGCAGGAGUUGGCGACCAAGCGAAACACGUUGAUUGCGCUGGACAAUAUGAGAAUCCUGAGCGAUCGGGGUAUCCUCUCGCGGAAUGGAUCUGAUCGCAAUAACAACGGUUAUGGUACGCUCGGAAUGGAAACGAUGACCGGAAGCUUCCGGAAACUGGAGGUCGAUUGAGGCGUUACUCCGUAAGAUAUAUGGAUUCAUCUCUUCGUUACUAUUUAAAGUGCAUCAAUAUAAUAUCGUGUUCAAGAGUGUGUGAGAAUGGGAACAACGGUAUAUCCUCGAACUUGAGGAUGAAUGGCUGAUUCGUUUUUAGUGGCUUGUGUGCAUUGUAAAAUAAUCGUUACGAAAAUAAACCUUGUUU